AUGGGAUUACAGGAUCGGGUAUUUUAUGAGCUGGUCAAAAACUUUGCAAAUUGGGAGAACAAGAAUAUUUUAGAUCAAGCUACCAAAGAUCAUCUGGCUAGUGAAAAGAAUCAACUACUUGAAAACAAGUCGCUAAGAAAUCAAAGUUCUAUUUUCGAUGACAAAAUUUUCACAGCUCAGGGAAAAGCUCCACGUUGGACAAUGAGCACAGGAAUUUUUGCUAACAAGGAGCAAGAUCUAGGUAAUCAAAAGUGUGAGAGUAUUGGAAAAUACAAAAAAAAACCAGUGAGAUAUGUGCAACCGAGGCCCCAAGUGAUAGAAACGCCACCAAGAAAAAAGAAACCUGCGCCAAUUUGGUCUUCUUCAAGUGAAGAAUACUCUUCAAGUGAUGAUGAAUAUUACAAUUCAAGCGAUGAAAGUAGUGGAAGCUCUUCAGAAGGUGAUGACAAAUUCUGGUUUUUGCGUUUCAGUGUAGAUAAUCCCCAGCUUCAAGAAAGUAGAAUACCGUUUGUUCCUACUCAACUGUUGGUUGAACGGGCAAGUCCUGAUUCCGAUUAUCUGUUCAAGCUUGUAGGAGAGAGAAAUGCAACUGCUAAACAAUUCUCAAUUGAGAGAAAGUUUGCUAAAAAUAAAGGAAAAGAAAAAGGAAAUAAAAAAGAAAAUGAAAAUGAUGAUGGGGUUCAACUUGAAAAGUCAAAGAAUACUACAUUAGAAUCCUGUUUAGAAGAAAAGAUUCCUGUUGAUUGCACACAUCCAGACUGUGGGAAUGGCAAGACAUCUAACGGAACAAUAUCAUCUUCAAAGUCUGCAUUCAAAACAUUUGUUUACAGCGAAGAUGGAUUAUUUGAAGAAGAAGAAAAGUCAAGCGAUUCAGAAGCAAUCUUUUCUUCUCAGAUUGUCAAUUACAAUUAUCAAGAUCAAGAUCAAAAUAGUGCUAAAGCAGAAUUAACAAAACAAGAUAGCAACGAAAUUAUUAAUGCACAACAAAGAGAAGAAAAAGAAGAAGAAGAAGAACAGAAGGAAAAAGACAGUUUUAAGUAUCAAAAUAAUGAUUUAACAGUUGAUGCCGAUUCGCCAACUUUUACAGCUCAAGGAAAAAAGAUGAGCGGGCCUAAAUGGCACGUAGGUGCUGGUGUGUAUUUGAACAAAGAAGUGGACAAAGGAACUAAAGAAGUUGAGUCCUUUGUUUUAGGAUCUUGCACUGAAUCAGAUUGGAGUUCCGACGAUGAAGAGAGUGAAAAGAAAUCAAAAUUCUUCCCAUUCAGUGUCAAUCAACCGGAUAUGAGAGAGGGGGAGGAGGAGGAGGAGGAGGAAAAGAUAGAAGCAGCAGAAGAAAAACGCUUGGCCCAAAACAAAUCAUUUGUGGCUAGUGCUAAGGCUAAAUCGCCCCCUACUAUUGUCAACUCAAAUAUAAAAGAUAGAGAAUAUGUAUCGGGCACUACACUAGUAAAGGUAGCAUGUGAAAGUGGCGGUGAUGAUUCGUCAAAGCUUAUCUUAAAUAGAGGUGGCUUUGAAGCUUCUCAAUCGGAAGUACUAUCGAUUUAUCAAGAGCCAACUAACAAUACCGCCAAUUUGCAAGACUUGAAGAAUCCCCAAAACGUCUCACAAGUUCAAAAUGAGUUUGAGUUGCUUUUAAAAAAAAAAAAGAAAAAAUUGGUACCCAAAUGGCAGGUUAGUGCUGGAGUGUACUUGGACAAGAAGGUAAAUAAAAAACUAAUCAAAAAGGCCAAGAAGAAAAACAAAAAGAAGUUCAAAGUUCUUUCUGACCAAAGUAAAUCUGGUGAUAAUUUGGGUGUUGCAAAUAGUCAUAGCAAGAAUAGCACAAAUGGGAAAUUUGAAAUCCCUACAACGGUUCUAAUUCAAAAAGCGUCUCCUAAUACUCACAAUUUAUUUUCUGAAAAAGUCACACAAUUUCCCAAUGAAGAAACUUUUAAUCAAAAUUCCUCUAUGGAAUCAAAAAAUCGGUUGGCCACAGUUAAUAUUGAUGAUAAUGACGAUGAUGUAUUGUUAAAGGACUCAAACGACUUUUCCAACUUUUAUGAUGUUAUUAGUCACUACGGAAUUCAAAAAAACAAUGAGCUGCCAAUCCCAUCUGCUGCCCAAAAGCAACAAUAUCACAUCUGGAUUACUUUAAUUAUUUUGCUCUAUAUGUUUGAGUGGAUAUAA